AUGAACAGACAACAAGAUGGGCAGCAGAGUGCAAUCAGCGCUCCCAUCUAUCGACUUCCCACCGAAAUUCUGAUUGAAAUCUUUCGCGUCGCCUGCGUGGACGAUGGGACUCGAGUGAUGCAUGGUCACUCGGUUCCCAAUGUGUCCAUAUCAUUAACAUGCUCUCGUUUCCGACAAAUCAUGCUCAAUCUCUGCGACGUUUGGACGACCAUCGACUAUCGUCUCUAUUGGCCACUCCGCGUUCUCACGUCCUAUGUGAUGACGAUGCUCAAACGAGCUUCCGGACUAGUGCUCAACAUUGUCGUUCGGGAUCGCUGGCGCCAGAUGUCGGCAGAGUCUGGGAGUGUUUUCGAACUUUUCUUCAUCAAUAAGGCCGUCAAAGUGGACACCAUCUCCUUUUAUCUCUCCCAGCACUCAGUGAACUACAUACCGAGUCUAUUCAUUGACUUUCUUCCUACGCCUCCUCGCCGCCUCGAAAUCUACCACGGGGUUGAGCCCGACACACGACCACCCGAUCUAAGGCUCAGCGAAUCGAACAGUGGGAAAUCACCUUUCAGGUGCACGAUGACCGGCAAGAACUUUGAGCUCGUGGAAGAGCUCCAUCUGGUGGAUACGACUCUGGGUCUGAACUCGUUUCCUCGGAAAUUUUCAUCCCUGAAAUCAGUCACACAACGACGGAGACUAAAUCAGGCACAAACCCCUGCGUCGCUGCCUGUGGGUGUCUUGGUCCGCACGUGUCCGCAUUUGACCAGCUUGGUCAUGGAGGGUUCAGUGUACAGCGACUGGGUAGACUGGUCCAGAAUGCCAAACAAAAGCUUUAUAUAUCCUUUACAUACCUUGGAGAUUACAGACCAUCUUGGCUUCACAGAACUCUGUCGGCUCUUCCCCACCCUUCGAUUUCCACACCUCACAAAGCUUGUAGUAGCAACAAACGACUCGAGGAUACUUUGCAAGUUCCUUGUGGAUCAUAUUACCAUUACCGACCUCGAACUCAAGCUCGCCGUGAACGGUGAGGCUAUUGGAGCCGCCUGUCCACGCGUGACCCGACUGUCUAUUCCUGCGGGAGCCGUGCAACUAGUUCUACAUCGAGGUCCGUUGGCUGGUUUCAAGGCACUCGAGGACCUCUAUGUCGACUGCGCGUCCUACUCGCUCUCGGAGGAAGAGUUUGAGAGUCUUGUACAGACGCGAAUACUUUGCGAGGGGGAGAAGUCCACGCCACCAUUGUCCUCUCUUUCCUUGCGUCUCUCACGAAACGGUCAGGACCAAAGGUCUGAACCAGACUGGAUGCGCAAUAGCCAUGCAAAGAGCGCGGUCAAGAAAUGGAAGGGAGACGUUUGCUAUCUAUCGUGGCCUGACUACUCAUGA